GGAAUUACAUUCAUUUUUUUUUUAUUUUUUGAAAUCUUUCAUUUCACAACUAGAAUCUUAUAUACAAAGAAAAAAGAACAAUAUUGUGUCCAAUUUUAUUUUCAUUUGGUCACCAUCCUUCCUUUUAUUGUUAUCAUGUUGUAUAAGAUGAAAUCCUAUUUAUUGGGGAUCCUGGGCUCUUGUUUGACAGUUUUUUUAGUGUAUCAGAUACUAAAUUUGAGUACAAAGGAAACUUAUAUCCGCUAUUUGGAUUCAACAGAAAUGAGUAAUUAUACAUUAUUAGAAUCAUUAUUCUUAUCAGAGCACAGUUAUCUUGAAAAUCCGCAUGCAAAUCAAUCCAAGACGACCAUAAAUUAUAAUUUAGAAGAAUUAAAAUUAUUAGCAUCAUCAACUACUAUAUCGUCACAGCAAUUAUCAUCUAAUAAUAAUAAUAAUAGUGGUAGUAGUCGUCAUCGUCAUCUAUCUAUUUUAGUUGUUUUACACUAUUCGUCAGAAAUUUUUUUUAUAAAUCAACUAGAUUCAGUAUUACGUCAGACCAUUCAACCUACCACUAUCUCUAUUGUAUGUUCAAAGCAAGAUAAAGAUAAAGUCGAUGCACUUAUUGCUGAAAGGGAGUCUUUAUUUAAUUUACAUCAUGUGAUUCAGUCUGCCAUUCUUCCCUCCAAAAAGAAACGCUAUUGGUUCAGUGAUGUUGCCCCUGAUGCGGCCAUAGACACUAUUUUCAUUUUGGACGACGGAGCUUCAGUAGAACCAGGAGUCAAGUAUUUUGAUUUUAUGCUUCGAUUAUUGCAGACAGCACCCUUUGAACAUGCACUUAUUGGCACAGAGAAAAAUAAAGUUAACUGUGAUGAAGAAGAAGAGAGAAAAGCACGGUAUGUAAGAGAGAUCGACACUAUCUGGGUAUUAAGACGUGAAUGGUUCCUAGCAUUAUCCUUACUUCCCAACAAUGUGAUGCAAGAGAAGAGUCUAUCACUCGAUUUAUACCAAACACUGCAUAUACCAUCGGUACUUAUUCCUUCAAGUAAGGAACAGAAUUCUUUAAGGGGGAAUACCUUGAGGGAUAGCACUCAUUGUGAUCAUCAUGAAAUCGAAAUAGCAUUAUCAUCCAUCUUGUUUUACAUGGAUAAGCAGUCAUCAGCAUCAUUUAGUAAAUUGAUUUGCCAAUUUAGUACUAAAUACGAGGUUAUACAUGUGGCCACUCCAAAUGAAGACACUAUGAAACUUCCAAUCUGUACAGAACAACCCAAUUCAUUUAUUCUACAUCAUAAAGUAGAUGGAAUACAAAAUGAUUUAUUUGAAUUAAUACAUCAUAUAUCAGCUAGUGUAGUUAUUUAUGAAGAGGAGGAGCGAGCAAAGAUCGAUUUAAAGAAAGAAUUUUUACUAUCACCUUUAUCACAAACUAUGGUACGACACCCAACAUUUAUUAGCUUGCCUUUUAUUGAUAAAAGAAUGCUUUCUACUAUUUUAUGGAUGGCCGAUUUACCUAUAAAAGCUUUAGAACAAUGGCAUUCACCUUCUGUUAAAUUAUUGAUAACUACUUCUGGUAAGAAAAGAAUAUCUCAAGUGAAAAGGAUUUUCAAUUCAAUAAAGCAUGCAAAUUAUUUGAGAGAUAAAGAAAUUGAUUUAAUGAUAUUCAUGGAUGAAAAGAGUGAUAGAUUAACAAGAGAGCUUGUAGAUAAUUUACAAUGGAAAAUAGGCGAAAAGAGAAUUCAUCAUCGCAUCUCCCAAGUACAUUCUAUGCAACAAUUUACUGAAGCCUGGUAUCCUUCUAAUAAUGAUGAAUAUGCAGUCAUGUUAGAUGAUCGUCUAGAGUUAUCGCCAUCGUAUUAUAUUUGGAUAAAACAAACAAUAUUAAAAUAUCGUUAUUCUACAACGACGAGUAAACAGAUAUUUGGUAUCAGUCUCUAUUCACCUCGUAUUAUAGAUACCGAUCCAAAUGGAAGGUCAUUAUUAUUGUUGAAUAGGUCUGGUACUGCGAAUGAUGUUCAUUUUCCUUAUUUAAUGCAAGUUCCCAGUAGCUCGGGCGCACUUUAUUUCCCAGAGUAUUGGAGAGAAUUUCAUGAUUACAUCACAGCACGUUUGACAGACCAAGCGAUUGUUAAAAGAGGGACGGGUCAGCGACACUUAUUUAAGGACACACUAUUAAAAACAUCUAAAUCAAAUCGAUGGAUUAAUUCUUGGAGAAAAUAUUUUGAUGAAAUGAUUUAUAUGCGAGGUUAUGUCAUGCUUUAUCCUUCAACUGAGACUAGUUAUUCUACAUUACAUAUCAUGGAUUCCUUUCUUGAUGAUAAAAGGAAGAAGAAGAUGAAGGAAAGAUUUUUAACAGCAGAAAAAUUAUUGAAUGUACCUUUGAGUACUAAAGUGUCACAAAAGCUACCAGAUAUAGAUGUCUUACCUAUCUUUGAUUUACAUGGAAAACUUGUUGAACAGUCAAGUACCUUGGUAGAGCGCGGCCAUCAGUUACAACAUAAAUUUAGUGCUUGUGAACCCAAGAUAGACAAUCAUCAUGACCCUUCAGAUAUGUUAUGUCCUUUUAGUCAUUUGAUACAAAUACCCAUAGAAGCAUCCUCUACUGAAGUUUCUAUUAAAUCAGUUAAUAUUUAUGCUGGCUGAGUCUAUUAUUUUAGAUUUUAUACAUUUUUUUUCUUUUCUUUUUUUUA